GGUUGGGUUUAAUAAUCUGUGGUGAAGUGUCGUGCAAUGGCCGAUUGAUGGAGAACAGUUCGUUGGCUAUUCAUCGCGAAAGCCUACAUCCGUGUAGAGUUCGGUUGUGUUUCUUCCAAUAAAAUAUCUUCCAUGCCUAAUAACAAACGGUAGUGCACAUUUUGUGAUUAUACUGACAGCUUUUAGACAGUGAAAUUAAACUUUUGUGUAGGUGUUCACAUACCAUCAAACUGUCGGUGUUAAUUCGUGUGAAACUUGUUUUUGGCUAUGUAACAGUCCUGUGGCCGCGGUGGGGUGACUUUAUGGAUCAUCCUGCCAUCUACCUAUCCCAUGAACCUCACUUCAAUCCAUACUAAUGACGUCGGCCAGUAUGCGAGUGAUCGCCUGCCACCACACGCUGUCGACACGCGGAGGACGCGACUCUGAUGCCAAACUAAUCACUCCGGUUUACCUCUCCACUUAGAUAGGCGUUUUUAAAGGUUUACUAAUUACAGUUUUAUCAAAAUAUCAUUUACACGUGCGUUGUGGCUAACACACAUGUGAAGUGAAGUGCUAGUGCUAGUGUUGUGACAGAGCUGGGACACUCCGGCUGCAGCUCGGUGUCAGUGGUGCGUGGCCGGGGCAGUCCGGCGCCGGUGGCGUUAGUCCGGGCCGGUGACGCAGGGCCCGAUGUUGGCGGCGUCAUGGCCUUCAUGACAAAGAAAAAACGGUACAAGUUUGGGGUGCAAUGCUGUCUGGAGGAGCUGACUGAGGUGCCUUUCGUGUCUGCGGUGCUGUUCGCCAAGGUCCGCCUGCUCGACGGCGGCAACUUUCAGGAACAUUCGAGCAGAGAAGAAGUGCGGAACCACGCGGUGCGGUGGAACGCGCAGUUCUCAUUCGUGUGCAAGAUGUGCGCUAACGCCAGCACCGGCGUGCUGGAGCCCGCCCUCAUGAGGGUUUCCGUUCGCAAGGAGUGCAAAGGCGGUAGGUCAUACCAGAAGCUGGGCUUCUGCGACGUGAACCUGGCCGAGCUGGCGGGCGCGGGCGAGACGACGCGUCGCUGUCUGCUGGAGGGGUACGACCCGCGCCGACGGCAGGACAACUCGGUGCUGCGCGUGCGAAUCAAGAUGAACAUGAUCUCCGGCGACCCUCUCUUCAAAGUUCCAGAGCGCAAGCAGGAGGCCACGGACGGCAUGGCGGGCGGCGACAGUGGCUCAGAGAGUGUCCCGGGCGGCACGCAACCUGACGACGACUGCGCCUCGUCCACCGCCUCCUCGGGCUUCGGCUCACUCACCAAAAAGAAGAAUUACGAGGGUAGCAUACCCCAACCUCUGUCCUUGUUGCCUUCCUGCGAGCUGCCCACCCCCGACGGGGAAGACUCGCCACUGGCCACCUCCGCGCCCGACCACCCCGGACUGACGAUGGUGGCGGCGGUGAGCGGCGCCAGCGCCCCGGCGGCGGGCGGGCCGACGGCGGGCGGCCCUGUGGCGGGCGGGCCGGCGGCGGGCGGUCCGGCGGCGGGCGGGCCGGCGGCGGCCGCGCCCUGCGCCGCCUGCAUGCAGCAGCAGCAACAUACGCACUCGCGGAACUCUUCCAACACCUCCGGGGACAUGAGCAGCAAGGCGUCCGGUUACGGCAGCUCGUCAGCUGCGUCGGCGCACUCGCGGCAGAGCUCCGAGGGCGACUCGGCCGGGGACUCGGGCCGGCCGCAUCACAACAGCGUCCCCCCCCCGUGCAAGCAGGGCCGCGCGCUCGCCCGCCUGCUCGUGCAGGCCGGCGACAGCUCGGAGCUGUACCUCACGCCCAACUGCACGCUCACCGGCCCGCCCGACGUCAUCCCGCGCCACGCGCUCGCCUCGCUCGCCUCGCCCGCCUCGCCCGCCUCGCCCGCCUCCGACCAGUAUUGCACGCCUGAUGCCACGCUCGUCAAUGGACAUGAAAACUCAUUCGCGAUGCCGACGUACUUCGACAAGAAGAAAAAAGUGGCCGCCACUAUCAUCAGCGCCGCCGUCGAGCCGCUCACCAAUUUCCAGAUCUUCAAGCAGAAGUCGCUCAACACGAUCCCUGCGUUGCUGGAGAAGAACAAGAAGAACGAGGAGCUGUUCAACAAUUUCCCUUUCCUGACGCCUCUAGCGCACAGAAAGAACUCUCUCGUAUGCAACUCGAACCGACUCUCCGGCUGCAUAGAGGACGAGUUCUAUUGCAUUCCUUCCGACCCUGAGGUGGACGUGGGCUCCUCGGAGUGCAUCGACAUCCGGUAUCGGUUCAAGAGUCUGUCGAACCAGGCUCUGAACGAGGGCAAGGUACUGACGUCGACGCCCAAGAGCGAGGCGGAGCAGCCCCGCAAGAAGGCGGCGCGGUGGCCCGAGGCGGGGCUCCGCCACAGCUACACGGAGCACGUGAGGAACCCGUCGUCGGGGUCGCUGACGGCGUCCGCGUCCGAGGGCGGCUCGCUGGAGCGCGCGCGCGCCGCGCUCGAGCGACGCAAGCGCAUGGCGCAGGCGCAGGACGACGACGCGCAGCACGUGGCAUCAGGGCGCGUGGAGAACACCCGCGUGAACCCCGACUCCCUCAUCGACGAGCUCCUCGCGAACACCAACCUCAAGCAGGCCGUGGAGGACUCCGCCGAGACGUCGGGGCUGCAGCUGUUCAUCUCGCGCGACGGCACGGCGGAGCUGGGCAGUCGCCAGCGCCAGCAGCUCGCGCGCCGCGACUACCAGCGGGUCGUGCUGCAUCCGCACGACAACAGGUAGCCUACGGCGCGGAGACGGCGGCCACGGCCGGCGCGGCCCGGUCCGGC